CGUCGAUGCGCGCAUUUACUAAUAAUUAUACUCUUCAUCAUCGAGUGCAUACUAAUGACUGAAAAUACGCCCAGAAUAAACACGUAAACACUUCAAGCCAUUUCCCUGCUUACCGAUCAACAAUGGCGUAGCAACUGAAAAUUUUCCGAAUUAUUUAUUGUACUACCAAAAAGUGACAUUUUACGUAUAUUCCAAUACGUUUAGUGAUUUUGUAAAGGUGUAUAAAAAAAUAUAAAAAAUGAUACAAGAUAUUGAGGCGGCCGCGUUGGCGGAGCGGAUAGCGGCGUUCAAAAGCGAUCCAGAGAAACUGCAACAAGCAACGGAAUUCGUGGAGCUGCUUAUAAAACAAGCAGAAAAGGAAGCUGGACUUAAACAAAAAGAGAAAGACAAAAACAAAUUUGAAGGGCAUGACUCAGGAGUAGGUAACAUAAGGCGGCGUUUGGGACGCGCGCGCGUGUUUGUCGUGCGCGUGUUUGAUGCGCUUUGCCAUUGCACACAGACUGCCGCGGCUGCUGCGCGCACCACCGCAAGGAACAAUCCCUUCAACAAACGCUAAGCGACAACCGCGCGGAAAACAUCGGUUCUAUCUACCCACUUUUGACUAUUGAUCUGAUCUCUUUUAAACGUAACAAACUAUAUAUCCUGUACCUUUUAUAUGUAUACAAGAUGUUAGUAUUGUAAACAUACCUUGUAUGACACGUAGGAACUUAUCAUAUCUUAUUGUCGUUUAAAAUGUUGUAUAAUAUAUGAUUUUAUUUUUUAAUCAUAACACAAGAGAGCUUUCAAAAAUUGUCUCUUAAUUUUAAUCAUGGUUGUGAACCAGAUGCCAGAAAGUGGUACACUUACAAAGAAAAAUCUAAUAAAAAACAUCAUGUCGAUUGAGUUUAUUAACCUCGUCGCAACGAAGCCUCUUGUAUUAUGAUAAUUCUUGUUAUUACCGCUCGAUUAAAAGCAAACAAUCAGAAUAAUGUAGUCACGGGUAAUUAUGUAUAAAAAAUGAAAAAAAUGAAGUAAUGC